CCCCUCUCUCUUUUGAAAAAUCAUUUUUGGGGGCUGUUGAAGAGAGCUAGGACCCAGGAGACACCUUCUCAAACAGCAGGGGUUGUGUGCUUUCACAUACCAGUACUGUACAAGGAAAACCCGUCGGAUCUGUUAUUGCGGGAUACUUGUGAAAUAUACAUAGGAUUCUUUCUAUGGCUGCAUCCCGGAUCUGGAAAUUUUACUUGGGGACCAGGCGGAAUUGAAAGGCUACAUGUAUCCUGAAGAUUUGCAAGCAAGACUCCGGUUCUUGUGGUAGAGCUCACAGACUUCCUCACUUGUCAGCCUUUUUCCUUCCUCUUUUUUCUUCAAAAAUUAUUUACCUCCCCUUUUUCCUGUGCUCUCCUCUCUCAGUCUCUCCUUUUCUAUCUGCCUCUUCUUUUUUUCUCCCAGUCUUUCCCCCCUGCUCUGCACCUGGAUUGUAUCUUCACCAAACAAUCGGGCACUUUGAGAACUAACUGGAGACAGUCUUGUAGGGGAAGAUCUGUAUGGAAUUAUCUGCUUUUAUGGUGAACUUGGCAUUUGUGAAUGGGUAUCUUGUUCACGAUAUUAAUUGCUAGCAAAAACAAGAAAAAGAGCCCAGGAGUAAAACGUGGAUUUUUCUGAAUACGCAUUGUGAUGACCAGCAAUUACCUUACCGACUAAUAUCCAGAGGAGAAUAAUUUGGAAGACAGUUGUGGGGAACAGCCUUUAAGAGCUGGAAGAUGAAAGCUCCAAUUCCGCAUUUGAUUCUCUUAUAUGCUACUUUCACUCAGAGUUUGAAGGUUGUGACCAAAAGAGGCUCUGCGGAUGGAUGCACUGAUUGGUCCGUCGACAUUAAGAAAUACCAAGUUUUGGUGGGAGAACCUGUUCGAAUCAAAUGCGCACUCUUUUAUGGUUAUAUCAGAGCAAAUUACUCACUUGCCCAAAGUGCUGGACUCAGUUUGAUGUGGUACAAGAGCUCUGGCCCUGGAGACUUUGAAGAACCAAUAGCCUUUGAUGGAAGUAGAAUGAGCAAAGAAGAAGACUCCAUUUGGUUCCGACCGACAUUACUACAGGACAGUGGGCUUUACGCCUGUGUCAUCAGAAACUCCACUUAUUGCAUGAAGGUAUCUAUCUCACUGACAGUGGGUGAAAAUGACACUGGACUCUGCUACAAUUCCAAGAUGAAGUACUUUGAAAAAGCUGAACUUAGCAAAAGCAAGGAAAUUUCAUGCCGUGACAUAGAGGACUUUUUACUACCAACCAGAGAACCAGAAAUCCUUUGGUAUAAGGAAUGCAGAACAAAAACAUGGAGGCCAAGUAUUGUAUUUAAAAGAGACACUUUGCUUAUAAGAGAAGUCAGAGAAGAUGAUAUUGGAAAUUAUACCUGUGAAUUGAAAUAUGGCGGCUUUGUUGUGAGAAGAACUACGGAAUUAACCGUUACAGUGGAUGAAGUUCCUAAAGACCUGUUUUCAAAUUCUCUGACCCUUAUUUUGACUAUGACCCAUCAAAAGCAUUCUUCAUUUCUGUUACAAUGUUUUUAAAUUUUAUCAUUCUUUUCUCACUUUUAUUUUGUGGAUUUCAAUUCAUCUAAAUAUAUUACCCAUCUGUUGUUUAUGUUACUGUU